GGGCACUAGAAGCUGAUUCAUACCAGAUGCAUUGUGCUGUCCUAGACAGCCCUGUCUAACGCAGGCGCAUACCAGGGGCGAACUGACAACUCAUGGGGCCCCCGGGCAAUAGGGGAUCAUGGGGCCCCUUGUGUCCUCGCCCACACUCAAACCACACCAAAAAAAGCCUAUGAAAGGUACCAGGGGCAUCUCAUGGGGCCCCCUACAGACCCUGGGCCCUUGGGCCAUGCCCAAGCACCUGAAUGGUCAGUCCGCCCCUGGUCACUACCUA